CAGUGUCUGGGAGACCGACCGAAGAGGAGGAGGAGGAGAACGAGAGAGACAUCGCCAUAUCGAAUGCGGGCCGUCAGAAAUCCAGAGUCUGCCAAUCUCAACAGCUCUCUGCACCUGAGUCAGUCGAUCCUCAAGCAGAAGAGCAUUACGUAAUUUGUCUAAAAACGAACUCUUCUCAUCAAGAUACAUACAUCCUUAGCGAUUCGUGUUUUUAAGUGAAGUUCAGUGUGCUUGCAUGAGCCAUCCAUUGUUACACCUAACCUUGGAUAAUUUGCAUCCAGAGAGCCGAGGAUCCCGAUUCCCACCAAAACAAGAAGUGACCACCGUGGCAUGAACAUUGAGUUGUGAGCAAUCAAAAGAAUAGGCCAUGUCCCAAAUCUGCGUGAAAGACGAGUCGUCAGUGAACUACAACAACAAUAUCUUCAUCAAUAACAUUAACAAGAACGAUAAUAAUGAUGACGAUCAAGUCACCUUAAACCGCCAAAAGUACCGAAUUGACAGUGAUCAACUACAUUACGCAGAUCCCAACGAACCAGCCCAAGGAUCCAUUGUCGAUGUGAGAAGAUUCAUCGAAGCACACCAACCAACCGAGAACUAUCCCACAAGAAUUAAAACUGAGGAACAACAAAGAAGCCCGGAUAGCUCGGUCUCACCGGAGUCAGAGAGACGCGAUUCCAUUGACAAAGUGACCCGUUGUCCCGUGUGUCAAAAGUACGUGCCCAAUCUGCCGCAACACAUUUCCCACCAACACCCACCCUACGCUGCCCGGUUCAAAUCCCAACAAUCCCCGUCACCCUCAUCCUCUUCAGAGAGUGGUCAAAGCAGUCCCACACAUCACCUAGUGAGCUCAUCCUCCUUGGGGGACCCAUCUCCAACGAACAUGGACGUGGCCAGCCUACCCCCUUCCACAGUACCUUUAUUUCUUCAACGACAAAAUAUGCACGGCUUAGACUACCGCGAUCCCCGAGGAGAUGUGGACAAGCACUCUGUGAUACCCAACUUAUUGCGACUCUCUUCUGCGGGCAUGAACAACGCGUCCGAUGACCAGAAUCCAAGCAGCAAUUUGCUCCGCACCACCCAAGAACUUCUGCGAGUUGCAGCCGCGAGUAAUUCGCUCAAUCACAACACGUCGCGAGUCGACAGUUUGCCCAUGAAUCUUUCGGUCAGGAAGGCCAAUUAUGCCAAUGGCAACACUAUGGACAAUAUUGUUAAGGGGAUGGUGAAUAAUAAUAAUAACAAUGGCCCUCACUCCGUCCCGCGCGAGCUCGACGAUGGGGUCAGGUCCACGUUCUCUCAAAGUGUCAAUUCCAUGUCAGACUCAGAGUCCGUAGGUUCUGGAUCCGACCCGAACUCUUUAACUCGAAAGCGACGAAAACAGACGCAUGUACCAGAAAAUAAGAAGGACGAACGGUACUGGGCCAGGCGGCACAAGAACAACGAGGCUGCCAAGCGAAGCCGUGAUAUGCGGAUCAAGCGGGAGAAGGUGGUGUUUGAAGAGAAUUCCCGUUUGGAAAAGAUCACCGUGGAUCUGAAGAGUGACCUCGAUCGCUUGGCCACAGAAAACAAGGAACUGCAUCUCAAGAUGGACUUGAUCUUGGGGGAGAACUCUCGCCUCAAGUCCAUCCUCUUGGGUUACCAAAGCCGUGAGGAGCACCGCCGGGCCUCGGUCGAGGACAAAUCGAACACAAAUCGGGACGGGAGUCCGUUUGACCAUCGACCUUUCCCUCUACCAGAUGGGAACAAAUGACUAUCGUACCACCGAGCUCGGGGAUCGACCGUCCCCUUUUAAUCUGAGUGAAUUGAAACCAAUUGUGAUCAGGCCCCUGGUGGAUAUAUCCCUUUGAAUCAAAUUUAAAGCAUAUCCCCACCCACCAUUUUGAACAAAAGGCACUAUGGAUCUAUUUUCAUAAAACACCUACUGGUUGAGGUCAUGGUCCCCAUUAGGAAAUGAAGUACAGUCCCGGCCUAUCCUCGUCCCCUAAAAAAUGUGAACCCUUUACAAAGCUAUCAGAACAAAAGCAUUCUCACAAAGUGGAGCAAGUAGGUGGCCAAACAUACUUAAAGUUUUUUUUUUGCAUUGAACAUCGUCUAAAUCUUUUAGCCAACUUGCACCGUUUUUAUUGGACCUGUUGAAUUCAACUGUUUAUUUGUUACUUUCUUACUGAUACGACAACAACACAACAACAGCAACAAAUCACCCACCCUCUUGUUGUGUUCUAUCUGUAUGUUUUGGCGGUAUCAUUAUUAUAUCAACUAUAUUAAUAUUAUUAUUAUUGUAACAACAACUGCAACUCUAUUCUUAUUACUGUUCUUUAUCAUAUUUAUUGACAUAUUCUAACUGUAAUAUUUAAUAUUGAGCAUUACUUUAUCUGCAAUCCACAUUUAUAUAUGAUAACUCAUGUUAUCUUGUUUAUUUAUAAAAAAGUGCAGAGAAAAAUGAAUAAAUCUUGAAAAAUUA